AAAUAUCGCGAACAGGAUGACAUGAUAUGUCUGAACUGCACUCCAUCCAACCUUGGAAAGGAGGCCCAUUCGAACACGGAUCGUGUCUGCCUAGCCGCAGAAGGUUUUGGAAACAGGACUUGCUUCCUACAAAAUAUGUCUAAUAAGGACCUACCUUUCGAUAUUUCCGUGUGCGUGUUUGUCUUGGAGCAAGCUCUGUCAGUCAGAGCUCUUCAAGAAAUGGUGUCUGCUAAGAACCAGGAAACUGUACGGCUAUUCUUUAGUGGUCAGUCGUCAGGUCACCGAACGUUACUCUACGGACAUGCCGUCCUGCUGAAGCACAGUCACAGCAACAUGUAUUUAUCUUGUCUCUCCACGCAAAGCUCAUCUAGUGACAAACUGGCCUUUGAUGUCGGCCUCACACUUACCACUGAAGGUGAAUCAUGCUGGUGGACAAUCCAUCCAGCCUCGAAGCAGAGAUCUGAGGGUGAAAAGGUCAGGGUCGGUGAUGACCUCAUCCUUGUCAGUGUGGCUUCCGAAAGAUAUCUCGUAAGUAGCCACAUCGGGGCAGAUUGCCAGGUCAUAGCCUCCUUCCAACAGACUCUUUGGACAGUCCAGCCGAUCAGCUCGGGCAUCGUUAGACAAAAGUCCAUGGGUCACGUGCUCGGUGGUGACGUUUUGAGGUUGUUCCAUGGCGACGAGUGUCUGACGAUUCCUGUCAGGGAGGUUGAUACAACGCAGAGCACCGUCAUGUACGAGACGGGCUCGGUAGCAUCUCACGCAAGAUCCCUCUGGAAGCUGGAACAUAUCAGGACUAAGUGGGCUGAGGCAUGUAUGGGCUGGAACCAACCGUGCCGUCUGCGUCACGUGACCACGGGCAGGUACCUGGCCAGCACCCCCGACAAUCAGAUCGUAACCUACCACAAGGACUUGUCCACUGAAGAUGCCACUGCCUUCUUUCUUAAGCAGUCUAAAAUGGACAAAGAUGACAAAAAGUUAUCUGAAGGUCACGAGGCGGAGGGCAUGGGGUCUGCCCAGAUAAAAUACGGCGACUCACUCGUCUACAUCCAGCAUAAGAAAACUGGCCUAUGGCUCUCCUACCAAACAUUUGAAACAAAAAAGCGGGGUGUUGGAAGAGUAGAAGAGAAAAAAGCCAUUUUGAUGGUGGAAGGUCAUAUGGACGAUGGUUUGACCUUUUUAAGGGCCCAGGAAGAAGAAAAUAAAUCUGCCCGCGUCAUCAGGAAGUGUGCAUCACUCAUCACAAGAUUCGUAAAAGCCCUAGAAUCCCUAAAGACCGAGGGACGGGUGAGCCAUCUCUGGGAAGACAUCAGCCUAACGGAGGUCGUCAAAACUUUGGAAGAUCUCAUCGAUUAUUUCGCUCCACCCGGAAAAGAUCUAGAUUUCGAAGAGAGGCAGAUAAGAUUGAAAGCACUUAGGAAUAGGCAGGAUCUCUUUCAAGAAGAAGGUAUGAUAACGUUGAUACUUCAAACGAUCGACAAAUGCAGUCAGUGGAAGAGUAUGAGGAGGUUGUCGCAUCUGAUCGGCGAGGAAUCUGCUGCUGUCUGGAAUGAUAUGAUCAACUAUCUCUAUCUUCUGCUUGCUGCUCUUAUUCAGGGAAACCACAGUAACUGCACACAAUUUGCAUCAUCCAAGCACAUUGAUUGGCUGGUGAGGAGGUUGGAAGGACAGGAUUCGUCCAAAGGCGUGUUGGACGUGUUGCAUAGCGUGCUAAUCGACAGCCCGGAGGCACUGAAUGUCAUAAAGGAACACCACAUCAGCACCAUCAUCUCACUCAUCGAUAAACACGGAAGAGAUCCCAAGGUGUUAGAUGUUUUGUGUUCACUAUGCAUUGGCAACGGAGUGGCAGUGAGAUCCAACCAGAACCUCAUCAUGGAGAACCUGCUGCCAGGGAAGGAUUUGUUGCUACAAACUAAAGUUGUCGACUAUGUUUUCAGCAUGAACCCCAACAUUUACGUGGGCAAGUGUGAAGGGUCAGCCAUGUACCACAAGUGGUACUACGAAGCCGUCAUUGACCUCGUUGAACAGGUGGUCACCCACUUGCCAGCCCGUGUUAGGAUAGGCUGGGCAAAUACAGAGGGCUUCGUACCCUACCCGGGUGGUGGCUCGCAUUGGGGGGCUAAUGGAGUAGGGGAUGAUCUCUUCUCGUACGCAUUUGAUGGCGUCUCCCUCUGGACAGGUAUGUCAGAUCCCCGGUUAGCUCGUACAUCUCACAUGUCGCUUCAGAAGGGUGACAUAAUUGGAGUCUGCCUCGACCUUGACGUACCCCAGAUGACCUUCACCAUCAACGGCAUACCCGUUAAAGGCUUCUUCAAAGACUUCAACACCACCGGAAUGUUCUUCCCGGCAAUCAGCAUGUCCGCCAAAAGCAGCAUACGAUUCAUGCUUGGUGGCGAACAUGGUCGGCUGAGGUUUGGACCCCCGGACAGCCACUCCCCCGUCUGUGAGUCCCUCAAGCCCAAGGAAAAGUUGAAGAUCGAACCCUGCUUCAAUCUAGGAAAUGUUCCUAAAGGUUUGAUAAGUGGGCCAGUUCAGUUGACUGAGCAUUUAACGUUUGUUCCAAAUCCUGUCGAAACAUCACAUGUAAUGAUACCAGCUUACGUUGAAAAUGUGACUGAAAAGUUGGCAGAGAACCUUCACGAGCUGUGGACGAUGAGCAAGAUUGAGAAUGGCUGGAUCUGGGGCGAGAGGAGAGAUGACCAGAGAAAGAUCCAUCCAUGCAUCAUCAGCUACGAUAAACUCUCCAUUACGGAGAAACAAACAAAAAACAACCAAAAAAAAACUAAAACAUACAGGAUGUUGCUUGCCCUGGGCUACCACAUAACCUUCGACCCACAGUACACCAGCAACCAUCGUCUUAAAACUCAAAAGCUCUCCGUUAACUACACACAAGCGAACGGCUUCCGACCUGCGCCUCUAGAUUUGUCGGGCCUAGUGAUGAGUGAGAAGUUGAAUGAGUUGGUGGAGGCCCUAGCGGAGAAUACCCACAACGUUUGGGCCAAAGAGAGGAUUAAACAGGGAUGGACCUAUGGACUGACCGAGGUUUUGAUAGAUGAGUGA